GAAGAUUUGCGGAACUUACUUCACGCUCAGGGCGGCGGUGACGUGUGAACGAGAAGGAGGUGGUCAAGGAACGGAAGCCGGGAGGGAACUAGGGCGGAAGCGGACCAGGGCCAGGCUUGUGUUCGGAGCCUUGCCGGGGCUGGGGUUCCGAUGUGGUCCCCGGAGCGGGAGGCCGAGGCUCCGGCCGGGGGAGACCCGGCGGGCCUACUGCCCCCCGAGUGGGAGGAGGACGAGGAGCGCAUGUCCUUCCUGUUCUCCGCUUUCAAGAGGAGUCGCGAGGUGAACAGCACCGACUGGGACAGCAAGAUGGGCUUCUGGGCGCCGUUGGUGCUGAGCCACAGCCGCCGCCAGGGGGUGGUGCGCCUGCGUCUGCGGGACUUGCAGGAGGCCUUUCAGCGCAAGGGGAGCGUCCCGCUGGGGCUGGCCACGGUGCUGCAGGACCUGCUGCGUCGAGGGGAGCUGCAGCGGGAGUCAGACUUCAUGGCCAGUGUAGACAGCAGCUGGAUCUCCUGGGGAGUCGGGGUCUUCCUGCUGAAGCCUCUCAAGUGGACUCUUUCUAACAUGCUGGGAGAUAAUAAGGUUCCAGCUGAGGAGGUCCUUGUCGCUGUGGAGCUGUUGAAGGAAAAGGCUGAGGAGGUGUAUCGUCUGUAUCAGAACUCGCCCCUCUCCUCCCACCCCGUGGUGGCCCUGUCAGAGCUUAGCACCCUCUGUGCUAACUCCUGCCCAGAUGAGAGGACCUUCUACUUGGUGUUGCUGCAGCUGCAGAAGGAGAAGAGAGUCACAGUCCUCGAGCAGAACGGGGAGAAGAUUGUGAAGUUUGCCCGAGGGCCACAUGCCAAGGUUUCUCCAGUCAAUGACGUAGAUGUCGGGGUGUACCAGCUGAUGCAGAGUGAACAGCUUCUCUCGCGCAAAGUGGAGUCCUUAUCCCAGGAAGCAGAGAGGUGUAAAGAAGAAGCCCGCCGGGCAUGCCGAGCUGGAAAGAAGCAGCUGGCACUGAGGUCUCUCAAGGCCAAGCAACGGACAGAGAAGCGCAUCGAGGCCUUGCAUGCCAAGCUGGACACUGUUCAAGGCAUCCUGGACCGGAUCUACGCCUCCCAGACAGAUCAAAUGGUUUUUAAUGCCUACCAGGCUGGGGUAGGAGCUCUCAAACUCUCCAUGAAGGAUGUCACAGUGGAGAAGGCAGAGAGCCUCGUGGAUCAGAUCCAAGAGCUCUGUGACACCCAGGAUGAAGUUUCUCAGACUCUGGCUGGUGGGGUAACAAAUGGCUUAGAUUUUGACAGUGAAGAACUGGAGAAGGAAUUGGACAGCCUCCUUCAGGAUACCACCAAAGAACCUUUGGAUCUGCCUGACAACCCCCGCAAUAGGCAUUUUACCAACAGUGUGCCUAACCCUAGGAUCUCAGAUGCUGAACUUGAAGCUGAACUUGAGAAACUGUCCUUAUCAGAGGGAGGUUUGGUCCCAAGCAGUAAAUCUCCGAAAAGGCAGUUGGAACCGACUCUAAAGCCAUUGUAGGACCCUCAAGUGAAGGACCCUCAUGUAAAAGACAGACCAGGCUUGCUGGGUGUGUACAUAGUUAUUUAAACAAGAAACUCUCAGAAUGUGUUUGGAAGAGGAGGAAGGAGAACCACUGAUUUUAUCUGGAUGCUACUACUUAACUACAGGACAGAUAGAAUUUCUGGAAGCGAUGCUCCAAAGGCUUGCUCCCAGCUGUAUCAUGGACCUGCCUUCUCAUCUUUAUAGUGCCACAAUUUAUACAGUCCUGUGUCUGACCUGUCAUUUCAUAGCCUGCAGUUCUUGCCAUUGGCACACUUAGGUUUGUCUUCACCCACCAGCUUCGUUCCAGCCCAUGAAGGGGAAAGAUUUGCAGCUUUGCCAAAUCUGAAUCAGUUCCCACUUCCCCCUGCGGUUUUUUAGAGGGAUUUAUCCCGUCGCUAAUAUCAGUUAAAUAACUUAUUCCUGUCCCACUUGAUUUCACUGGUAAGAGAAGAAUGAGAAUGAAAUACUUCAAGGUUUUAUUUGAGGAGACUUAGCUGCCAUUUUGUGGAGAAACGUAGUAUAAAAGGUUUUUCUCUAGGGUCAUUUGUCAAAAUUCUCCAGGUGUUCAGAGAAAGAGGUCGCCCCAAGUGGCCCAGAGUCGUAACAGUCCGGAGGGGCUGGUGUGGCCGGUGGGCGCUGCCUCUUCAUCUUUUGGAGCAGGAGGUCUGCCGGUGGGGGAAAGGCUUCUUCCAAGGCUUCUGUACUCGCCUGGGAAGAGGCCCAAUCACUACAGGACCUUGAGAUGUCCAGACCCCUUAUGCUUUUCUAAAGAGGCAAAAUUGUUGCCUUGGCCCCAUCAUGGAAUAACUUAAAAAUACAUAUCUAUCUUCUAGAACAAGCCACACAAUAACACACCUCCCCUCCUUGAGCCUGGCACACAGCACCGGGCUCUCUGAAUUUGGAAAGCGUUUCACUUUGUGGCCUACUGCUCGGGGCAGGGGGGCUGAGCCAGGAUGUGCAAUAGAAGCAGGGGCUGUGCCCUCUGCCGGGAGCUGCCCGGGCCACCCAUGGACCUGUCCUGCUUCCUGCAGUCCCUGCUCCCUGCCUCCUUUGAGGGACUGGGGAGCAUGGGGUAGGGGGACAGAGGGGAAGGGGUCUGAGUGCUCUGGCAGUGGCGAGAAGAAACGAUCGCCACACUGCCACUCUGCUGCCCAGCCACCAGGAUUUCUGCCUGGAGCCCUUUGCCCUGUCCCUGCUGCCUGAGGUGGCGUAGAGCAGAGGAGAAGAAUUUGCUCCAGGCCAGGAGCACAAAUCAUUGUUCAGUGAAUUUCUCUCCAACUCGACCUUGGUAAACGGAAAUGUUGGGGGUGAAGAGAAACAAUCACUAUUUUUUUUCUUUUUUAUCUGGUAAAUAAUUAAAAGAAAAACUGAACACUU